ACUAAAAAGUUUAAAAACAUCACCACCCACAAGAGACAAAAGAAAUGGCUUGGCGUUCGCCGCCGGUCCCCAACCUUUGGCCAACGCUUUACCCAUUGGCGGGCUGGCCGGGAGUGGUUGGUUACUUCUACUUGUAGCUGUCGCGCUCGCUUUAGUCUGUUCCGAGCCAGUCAGCCAGACGAAGCUCGAGCGCUGGCGUCAUCAAAGUGGUAGGGUUGGGAGGUGAGAAAAGGUGGCCCAUGUUGUCUCUUUUUCUCCCUACAACACGAACCUUCUUCUUCGUCAUCAUUGCAACCACCACUUGCGCGCUAAUUCAACUUUACAAACAGCAGAUAACAGCAAGUAAACAAGCCGCAGCCUGAUUAAGAAGAAGUUUCUAAACCGUAGCAUCCUCUUUUUCUCUGUUUACUAGGAUUUGCUGACAUCGAUGAUGGCGGAGGAGGCCGGCGAAGGUGCAGGAAGGGCUGGUUUCUAUCGCCGGGGUAAUGAAUGGUUUUGCAGUACACUCCUUCAAAGCGAUAUUAUUGUCAAAGUUGAGGGAAUAUUGUUUCAUCUUCACAAGUUUCCUCUCAUUUCCAAAUGCGGGAAGAUUGCACGUCUAGUAGAAGACGCACAUGACUCAAAAGACAAUAUGCAAUAUGAAUUAGUGGGAUGUCCUGGAGGACAUGAAGGAUUCUGCAUUGCGGCAAGAUUUUGUUAUGGGGCUAAAGUGGAGCUUACCCAAAACAACGCUUUAUUGGUGUAUUGCACUGCUGAAUAUCUUGAAAUGACGGAGGAAUAUGACAAUGACAAUUUAUUGAAUAUGGUGCAAAGUUUCAUCCAUAAAACCAUCCUGCGAAGCUGGGAAGAUUGUAUAUUGACUCUUCAAGGCUGUCAGAAAUUUAUUCCAAAAGCUGAAAACCUUCCAGUUGUGCACAAAUGUCUCGACGCUCUCUCAGUGAUGGCAUGUACUGAUCCCAGUUUGUUUGGAUGGCCUAUGUUGCUGUAUGGAAGUUUACAAAGUCCUGAAGGUAGCAUACUCUGGAAUGGAAUAAAUACUGGUGCUAGAAUUAGAAGCAAAAUAUCUAAUUGGUGGUUUGAAGAUGUUUCAUGUUUCAACUAUCCGAUGUUUAAGAAAUUGAUGGAAACAAUGAGUAAACGUGGAAUCAGACCAGAAAAUAUAGCUGGUGCACUAAUGUAUUAUGCAAGAAAGUAUUUGCCUGGUCUUGAUCGAUGGCAGGGUGGGCAAGUUGGUAAAUUAAGGAGCAUUGCUAGUUUAUCCAUGAUGCCAGCUGCAGUAGAUCAAAAAGCGUUAGCUGAAAGCAUUAUAGAGCUGCUUCCUAAUAAGAAGGGGAAGUCUUACUGUCGUUUCUUGCUGGGUCUCCUACGCCUAUCGAUCAUAUUGGAUAUCGAGCAAUCAUGCAAAGAAACUUUGGAGAGGAUAAUAGGAUUGCAACUUGAAUAUGCAACACUUGAUGGUCUACUUGUUCCUAAUUUUUCAGGAUCUGAUAACCUGUACGACACAGAUUGUAUUGAGCGUAUUAUUCGACAUUUCUCAUCUAUUCAGAACUUGAAUAUUGCAUCCUUCUCGCCAACAUCAUCGGAUCCUGCUAUUUCCUCUAACCAUUUAAAUAAUGUAACAAAAUUAAUUGACAAUUAUCUCGCUGAGGUUGCUCCUGAUGUGAACUUGAAAGCUCAAAAGAUGUGGUCUCUUGUAGAGGCAUUUCCUGAGUCCUUGAGAACAUCGGAUGAUGGAGUGUACAGAGCAGUGGAUAUAUACCUCAAGGAACACCCCUGGCUUCUAGACGAUGAAAGAGAGAAGCUCUGCAGCAUUAUAAACUGGGCAAAGCUCUCCAUUGAUGCCUGUACCCACGCCACGCAGAAUGAACGCCUGCCACUCAGAAGGGUUUUCCAAGUUCUCUUUUUUGAGCAAAUGCAGCUGCGUUCUGCCCUUUCCAAUUACCUUCACAAUUUUGACAAUGAAAACAAUGUUACUUCCCCUGUAAAUGAAUCUACUGGAGAGAUUCUACAAAGAGAUGGCUUUGUUUCUGUUAUAAGGGAGAGGCAGCAUCUGAGAACAGACGUGGAGCUUCUACAAGCUAAAGUCAGAGACCUGGAACUUGAAUUUUUAAGCAUAAAACAAAAGAUUGGAAAGUUUAGCCAAUCCAGUAAAGUUGGGUGUAUCCAUUUGCCACUGAUAAAAGAUUUUAAUAGUGACAUUAUUGAAAGUGCAGGUUCUAACCCUAGAAGAUCAACAGAAAAACCUCAUGCCUCGCAUAGAUCGAGUCAUGCCCGAAGAAUAUCCUGAUUCUUUGACAAUAUUCUUUGGUGUUUCAUUUGCUUGCAAUCUGUAAAUAUUUAGCAUGGCGUUCAAAAUAAGAGUAAUCAUGAAGAGUAGAGUUUUACUAAAAGCAUCAGUUUGUGAGAGCUGUGUUGUAUAGAAACCUCUGAAAGGUCAUUUUUUUUUUUUUUUUUUUUAGUUUUUUUGAUGGUGGGAUGAUUCACGACACUCUUUCGAGUCCUGAUGUAGGCUUCAUUUGAUACAAUUUUCUUACUGUUGUUUAAAAUAUCUUUAGAAAGCAGUAAGAAAGCUGUCCCAAACGAAGCCUUGGUCCAUUUGA